UGAUUGGUCGGUUUCAGUUCAUUAACCCUCAAAAUGGCGGACAGAAAACUGAGAAAAGCAACAGGACCCUAGAGACAUUAAAACUUUGAGUCUGUUUGCUGAAUAGAGUACAAUGGAGUUUAGUAGAAGAAUAAGGCUGAACAAGACAACAGUUUUCUUAAUAGUAUUAGUAUUUCUUGCACUUGUGAUGGUGUACUUAUUAAUGGGAGGAGGAGACAAAUACAAUGAUCACGACAUUAAGAUAUCUCAAUUGCUCGCAGCUUCUAUACACCUCGCCGAAAAAGCCGGACAAGAAAUUGUCGAGAUCCGCAAGUCCAAAAGCCUCCAGGAAACCUCAAAAUUAAAAGAAGGGCUGGCCGGGAAAGAGAUUGUGACACUCGGCGAUCAAAAGUCGCACAAUAUCAUAACGAGAGGUCUGAAAGAGGUUUGGCCUACUCUGCGGACUAAAUCGGAAGAGAAAACCCAAUCGGACCAUGACAAGGGCCGGGCAUUUCGACCACUACUGAAACACCCUGAAAUAACAGCAAAGAUCCAACAGAGGAAUGAGAAGGUUAAUAGUGACGACAUAGCAGUUUGGAUUGAUCCACUGGAUGCUACAAAGGAGUAUACCGAGGGCGGGACCAACCCAGAGCUGCUCAAAUACGUUACUGUCAUGGUUUGUAUUACUGUCAGUGAUGAGCCUAUUGCCAGUGUUAUCCAUCAACCAUUUGUCAAAGAUACUAACGGCAGACAGGGUAUCACAUAUUGGGCCUGGGUUGAUCAUGGCGUCUCUCCUAACCUCGAAGGAAUAAAGUCUUCGCCAAACACUAACACAAUACGUGUCAUUAGUUCUCGCUCGCAUUCAGGGGACGUCAUCAAAGUAGCAAACAGUGCUCUAUCAGACUCUGGCAACAAAGUCGAACACAUUGUAGCAGCUGGAGCUGGUUAUAAAACGCUUCAAGUUGCUUUGCAAAAAGCCGAUCUUUACCUUCACACGACUCCGAUUAAGAAGUGGGACAUUUGUGCUGGAGAUGCUCUGAUCUAUACUUUAGAUGGAGUCAUGACAACCCGUAAAGGACACUUUAUAACUUAUGACCCUGAUGUUGACGCUAAGGUUAAUGACGGAUUGAUUGUGGCGUAUACUAAAAACUGGCAUUCUUAUUUCUUUAGCAAAUUUAGAAAAUUCCAAUAGAACUACGCCAGAAAAUCUAUAAUAUUUUUUUCCUCUUAAUUAAAGUGAGAGAUGAAAUGGUAUCUUUUAUUACAAGUUCUGCUAUUAAAUAAUUAUUAAUCAUUCAUGAUCUUUCUUUUAUAAUAAUAAUUAUAAUAGUGAAUAUUAUUGUGUCUUUUAAAAUUCGAUUUCAAAUUCAAAGUAA